CAGUAGCUCCGCAUCUGCCCCGCCUGCUGCUGUCAGACUGAGCGGCCCCGCCGGCCAGGCUCGCACUUACCUCAUCCACACCGCCCCGCACCGGGCAACGCGGAGGGAGAGGACAGUACAGAGGAAUGACUUCUCCAGAACGGACUGCUCGCAUUACAGCGGGGUGCGUACUCGAGGCAGUAGCUACAUAGCUAGGAAGCGAGCUUUCCUCAUCUGACUCGUCUCUUUGUUGAGGCAGAACAGAAACUGCACAGUUAACGGCUUUCAUGCUGUAGUAGCUAAAGGCUAACAGCGAGGCGACGAGUACUGCCGACCGUUAGCGCUGUCACAUUUAAAUGGUGUGAUUUAUGCCUUAUGUUUAAUAUUACGUGUUGAGUAUGAUGGGAUAAAUAACGAGUCUUUUAUUGGGGAAUGAUUGGCUUGGUUUGGAUAUAAACAAUACACUUGCAAAACGUUGAAGGCUUCUCACGUUAAAACACAUAAGGUGACAGUAAUUAGUUAACCGAGGUUACGUUAAUGUCAGCUAGUCGUCGUUUGGGCGAUUUGUAGUUAAUGCCACACUUGAUUUUGGGUUUUAUAACAGAAUGUUAUUUGCCAAAACCCGAAACACUAGCCUUGCCUUUAAAAAGGCUGGGCAUUAACGGCGUUUUUAUUUAUUAUAUGCAAGAAAAUGUAAAUUAGCUUCGAGCUUCACCAGCUGGUACCAUGUUGGGUAGAUGACAUGUUUUCUCGGCUGUAUUUGCCUCCCGAGCAGGCUCGCUAACCCAGGUAUAUUAAAGUUAAAUGCACUGGUGUAGCCUUAGUCCGUUCACUGAACCGCCACCCCCCUGUUUAAGGAGAUUAAUGAACCGGUUGGCACCAUCACCACCGCCGUGACAUUAUGAGUGAACACUAUGAGAAGGUAAAAGUACAGCUUGAGCAGAUGAAGUCUCCGGCUGAGGAUACGGGUGCCGAGGCUGAGGUGGCUCCGGCCGCUGCACUCCCAGCCUCCGCCAGCGUCCCAGCCUCGGCCCGGUCAGCCCGGAGAGAAAGCUCCAGGACCUCGAUUCAACCUAGAAACCGCAGCAAAAGCCGAAGCAAAGCCAGCAGCCGUGACAGAAACGCGAAUGUCAAGCAGGACUCGGACAAGUCGAAGGGAUCGAGCCGAGUGGGCAGCGACCAGAUGCUCCAGAUAAAGGGCACGGGGAAGAUCCUGCAGGGCAAAGCGGAGACGAAUGGCAGCAGAGAGGAAGAUAAAGCUGCGGUCGGGAAGGAGGGAGGGAGCAAAGUCGUGCAGAAGAGGAGAGCUGUCACAGUGGAUACGUCUAAAGCCAAAACAUCACUGGAGGCGCUAAAACUCAGCAUCAAGCAGCUCAAGUGGAAAGAGUUUCCAAUGGGCAGACGGUCAGCCUGUGAUAUUUACUGGCAUGGAGUCUCCUUCCAUGACAAUGAAAACAUUGUUUCUGGACAGGUCAACAAGUUCCCAGGGAUGAUAGAGAUGUUGCGUAAGAUAAACUUAAGUCGUGCAGUGCGCACCAUGCAGGAGCUGUUUCCAGAGGAGUACAACUUCUACCCACGUUCAUGGAUACUGCCUGAGGAGUACCAGCUCUUCUCCACUCAGAUUCGUCUCCUGAAAGAUAACGACUCCACCCUGAAACCCACUUUCAUCGUCAAACCUGACAGUGGCUCCCAAGGCGAUGGUAUCUACCUCAUACGGGACCCUGCUGACCUUCGAGUCUUUUCAGGUUCUCAGGUCAAGCAGGCAGUAGUUCAAGAAUACAUUCAAAAGCCUCUGCUCAUUGACAAGCUCAAGUUUGACAUUCGCUUGUAUGUUUUGGUCCGUUCUUUGGAACCUUUAGAAAUCUACAUUGCUAAAGAGGGCCUAUCCAGGUUUUGCACAGAACCCUACCAGGAACCUUGCCAGAAGAACCUCAAUCAUGUCUUCAUGCACCUAACAAACUAUUCCUUGAAUGUACAUAGUGGGAACUUUGUCCAUUCAGACAGCUGUAACACAGGCAGUAAGCGCACAUUUUCCAGUGUUCUUUAUCGCCUGGCCUCUAAAGGAGUGGACAUUAAAAAGGUUUGGUCAGACAUUAUUGCAUUGGUGAUCAAGACAGUUAUUGCGCUUGUUCCGGAGUUGAAAGUCUUCUAUCAAGCCGAUAUACCACCAGGCAAACCAGGACCUACUUGUUUCCAGAUAUUGGGGUUUGAUAUCCUGCUGAUGAAGAACUUGAAGCCUGUUCUGCUGGAGGUAAAUGCCAAUCCCAGCAUGAGGAUUGAACAUGAACAGGAGGUAUCACCUGGAGUGUUUGAGUAUGUUCCCAGUCUAGUCGAUGAGGAGGUCAAAGUAGGAGUUAUUAGAGAUACACUGCGUCUUAUGGAUCCUGUCCAAAGGAAGCCUCACAUAUCUAACCUACUGGGUGAGGCUUCAGAAGAAGCGAUUGUUGUGGAGGCGGGAUCAGAUGAGAAGGCGGGGCUGGUGGAGUCACUUCCCUCUUUGUGUUUGAAGCAAGUCUUCCCCAAGUACAUGAAGCAGUUCAACUAUCUACGAAUAGUGGAGCGAAUUGCUGACAUUUUCUUGCGCUUCCUCGGAGUCAAAGGGACCAUGAAACUUGGUCCAACUGGUUUCCGCACCUUUAUCAGGAAUUGUAAGCUGAGUAACAGCAGCUUCACCAUGGCAUCAGUGGACAUCCUUUACAUUGAUAUCACACGCCGCUGGACAGGCAUGGUUCCAGACUCUAGAGAAGCUGGGAUGGGUCUGCAGGCGUUUGUGGAGGCGUUUUUCUACUUGGCGGCUCGCAGGUUUAAGGCAUUACCUUUGAGGGAGCAGGUGCUGUCACUGCUGGAGCUUUGUGAAAGUGCCCUGGAGGGGCAGGGACACGUUGAAAAGUCACGCCCUCAGAAGCAACUCUCCAGCCUUAACCCUGCCUCUGCUCACUCCACAGCACCGCCCACACUCAGCUCCCCUGCCCCCACACGCCGCCACCAGGACGACCAAGCAGACCAGACGCCGCGACCUUCCGUAAAAGCAAACGUGGAGUGUUGACGACUCUUAUGUACGAGCCAAAAGUCUGGUACGUGGUGUAGUGGAAGGGAAUGGGAAAGUGUGCAAGUUAUAAUGAACAGAACAACAGAGGAAGAACAUGCAACAUCAUUCGGGGGUGUUCCUAGUACUACAGGUGCCUCUGAUGCACGUAUAUUUUUUUUCAUGGCUCAAUUUGAAGCAUUGAUUUCACCCACACAACAACAAGGAUGCAUCAGUAGAGUAAAUCCACGUUGCGCACCCUGAUGCCAGUACGUAGGGGCUGCCUUGUGUGUGACAGUGUGCGCAUCAGCAGGCACGUUGAAAAGCAAUGCUAAAAUAAAGUUCAGGUGCAAAUCAAAGGAGGGAUGACCAUGUAUCCCUUUUACCAUAGAAUCAGGGACAAGCAGACUCUACAUAAAGGGAUCAGACCACACCACUUACUUUCCGUUCAUAAAGCAGCUAAUCACACAGAAUGGCCGUCUGCAACUAACUAGCUAAUCCAAAUGGCGGCCUUAUAUCACCACAUGGUGUUGACACCAGGAUUUGGCAUUGAGUGCACUAAAUGUUUACUUAAACUACUGUAUUUAUAUUAUAGGUUAUUUUAUUGUAUUCAAAGUUGACUUUUGCACAAAACAGUGAUCCACCAUAGUAUCAACUGCAUCACACGGGAGAUGCAAAUCUAGAAAGGGCAGGUCUUAAUCAUAUAUUAGCCAAUUAAAAUAUAUUCUGAUAAACACUUUUACUUUUUAUUGCACUACCACUUAAGGCAUCUAAAAAGCUUGGCUGGUGUUUGCUUUGGAUGGUCAUGCAGAAUAAACCUUGGCCUUGGAGUGAUA